UAAAUCAACAGAUAGGUAUAAGUAACUAAUUUUGAGACACUCAUCUACUGCGUUAAUAAGUGACGAUGUUCAAAAUAAUAUUAAAAAUACUAUGUCUUCUUGUGUUUCUGGUGGACGGUUUAGUGCUGGGUCAGUUAUGUGGAGAUGACUCGGAGUACAAGUGCAUGUGCAAACAGAAGACUGAUGAAAAAACCCAUUUUCCAGUGGUAAUCGCCGAUUGCUCAGGUCUAAAUAUAGACUCUUUUCCAGCUAAGGUCGAUCAAGACAUAAAUUACUUAUAUCUCUCUGUAAACAACAUAGAGGAGCUGGACCCCAAACUUCAAAAAGUCGUUAGCAACGAUCUGGAAAUAUUGGAUUUGUCACACAAUAAGAUUAGGAGCAUAAACGAUGAAUUCUUCCUGAACAUUUACAAUCUGCGUGAGCUAGAUCUUAGUCAUAAUCAAAUAACAAGUUUGGGCGAUGAUUCUAUCUUCCAGAACUUGAAUAAUCUGGAGAAGCUAGACUUAAGUUUCAACGAACUGAAAACGCUCCCAAAUUUAGUGUUUAUGAAAUUGUCAAAACUAAGAUCCUUAGAUUUGGGCUACAAUUACUUGGGAGAAUUUUUGACCGGAUCGAAAGAUGUAUUAACGGAAACUUUAGGUCUAAACGUCAACAUAACCAGUUUGUCGUUAAAUGGUUUGAAUAUAUCUGACUUCCAUAACAUUUACUUCGAAGAAUUUAAGGGCAUAACCCAUUUGUCCUUAGCAAAUAAUGCUUUAGAUAACAUCCCUUCACUGCCAUAUUCUGUAGAAUACUUGGACCUUUCAGGCAACAACUUUACCUUCGUUUCUGCUAGAUACCUAAACUACCACUCCUUAAAGGAGUUGUUGCUCAAUCGCAUGCCGACUCUAAAGGAGAUCCACCACUAUGCGUUCUAUAACUUGUUCGCCUUGGAGAAGCUUUCUAUCACCGAUUGCCCGAAUUUGAAGACGUUCAGUGAGCUGGCGUUUGACGUUGCCCCCAAGAAUGAGAGGUUGCACCCCAAAUAUUUGUCUCUAGCUAGGAAUAGCUUGCUGAGGUUAAACGAGAGUUACAAGUACUUUUUCAGGACCAUGGACCAGGUUGAUUUAACUCAAAAUCACUGGAGAUGCGACUGCGAUAUUCUGUGGCUACGCGAAUUCGAGCAUAUUUUAUACAAGCCACACGAAAUAAGAUGUUUCUAUCCUUCCGAAAUAAGACACAGAAGCAUAUUAGACUUGAAAGAAAAAGACUUGCCCGAUUGUUACCCAGCCGUCUAUGGCAAAAAAUCCCACAGGAUCCUAAUCAUCAUUUUGGUCUCCGCAGUGUUAGUUCUCAUCGGAUUAAUAUUUUAUUUGAUAAGAUACCCUACAAGCUGGUUAGGCAACAAGCAUAUAGGGCCAAACUCACCUUAUAACUUGGCCUCGACCAGUGAAUAAUUUCUGAAUAUCAUCUACGAUGAUAUUUUUUGUGAUUAUCUGAAAAUAUAAUGUCUCAAUUUUCUUUAAUUAAAUUCUUAGCAAUGUUAAAUUUUGCAUAUUUCUGUUAUAAUAAUCACCAAAUAAUUAUAUAAUUACUUUUGAAAUUGCAAAUAUUGUACACACUUAAUAAAUUCCCUGUACAUAUUUUAGUAAUAUCUCAUAUAAUGUAUUCUAUAUUUGAAGCCUAAAAUUUGUUAUUACCUUUUAUU